AUGGCUUCAAGCGUUUUCCUUGUCAUAUACCUCUCCCUUGGGGCACUGUUCCUGCAGCAAAUUGCACAGGCCUUCUACAACGUCUUCUUCUCUCCAUUACGCAAAAUACCAGGUCCAUGGUAUGCUUCGAUAACUGGGAUACCAAAGCUAUACAACGCUAUCAUAAGAAGAAAGCAAUCUCGCUGGAGCCAUGACAUGCACAAGAAAUACGGACAGUACGUACGCGUUGCGCCCGACGAGGUACUCAUCGACGAUGUGGUGGCAUUCAGAGAAGUCCACAGGAUGGGGACACAUUUCCUCAAGACCAAGAUCUACAAAUUUCUCAAUCCAACGCCGCCGGGUCAGCCACCCUACGGACUUUUCCAGGAAACAGAUCCAGUCAGGCACUCCAACGUACGGAGAAUGGUGUCAAGGGGAUUUUCUUUGGGCUAUCUCAGAACGAAUUGGGAGGGGACAGUACACGAGAGAGUUAAGGCAGUGGUCGAAGGGAUGAAGAAAGAAGCGGUUUCGAAUCAUGGUGAAGUCGACAUCUACAAAUGGUGGCCUCUGAUGGCCGGAGACGUGAUUUCAACGCUCAUGUUCGGAGAAUGUCCGCAUGCUGUGGAACAAGGACUGGACGAUGAAUUGAUUGCCGGCUACAAGUUGAACGACGCCGGUAAUGGCUUUGCGUACAGCUUUCCUUACAUCUAUCACAUCCUGAAAUGGCUCCCCAUCCCAAGCUUGAAAAGGGCUUGGGCAGGUAAUCCAGUACUUAUCGAGCGCGGAAAGAGAGCGGUCGAAAACAGCAGGGAAGUAUCUCAAAAAGCCAACAUUUUCGCCACAGUACUCGCCGAAGCAGAAAGGGACGACCCGACUUUGAGCGACUUCGAGAUCGCCCUGAACGCUGGCGUGCUAGUCUUUGCAGGCACCGACACCACAGCGACGUCCCUGACAUAUCUCGUCUGGGCGGUUCUUUCGAACCCAAGCUUGAUGCAGGACCUAGAGAACGAAGUGGCUCAGCUCCAGCCUCCUUACACAGACGAGAAACUCGAAAGCCUCCCCGUCUUGAACGCAGUCAUCAAGGAGACUCUACGACUGUACGGUGCUGCACCCGCUCCCCUGCCGAGAUAUGUACCUCGCGAAGGCGCUGUGUUGGGGGGCUACUACUUCCCAGCUGGCACGACUGUCGCCACGCAGGCGUGGACACUUCACCGUAACCCAAAAGUGUUUGAGAAUCCCGAAGUCUUCGACCACAAACGCUGGCUCGGCGGCCUCGCCUCAAGAGAAGAGGUCAAGGCCUCCUGGGCACCAUAUGGCGCCGGCUCGCGAAUCUGCAUCGGCAUGCAUCUUGCUGAUAUGGAACUCCGAAUGGCAACGGCUGCUUUCUUCCGUGAGUUCAGAGGUGCGAAGCUGGCGGCUUCAACAACGCCUGAGAGUAUGGAGGUUGACAACACCUUUUUGAUUGAGCCGCACGGUCAUGCUUGUAGGGUUGUGCUGCCGACAAAAUGA